AUUCCUGUCCAGCCCAGCAAAUAUUCAACUCGCGUGUUUCUUUAUCUUAUUUACUUGGUCUGCGAUAUCAAUUUGCUUUAUUCUGCUAAUUGAGGCAGGGGCAAAAUGUAUUGCUUCCGGCGGGCUGCCCUCCGUCUUCUCUCGUCGUCUGCAUUUGCGACACACUUACAGCCUCGAUCAGUAAAUGCAAUCAAUCGAUGUCGAUUACCGUUUUUCGUUCCGCGACAAUCCCCGCAUUAUGCUUUUCAACGCCGGUGGAAUAGCGAUGAGGCCGGGGGGAGAGAGCCGCUAGAUGUGGAGAACGAUAAAGAAGAUAAGAAAGACACAGAAAAUAAGAGCGAAGAUGCCGCAGCACAGGAGGAAAAGCGUGAAGUUACUGAAGAGACCGAGCUCGAGUUAAAGUCCACGCCCACCGAGACAGCCGCAGAAACAGAAGUGAAGCCAGAAACGAUAAGCCAAAACCUGGAGGUGUCCGCAAACUCAGACCCAGAUGCGACAGAGGAAGAGGGGCCACGAACCGAGUCUGAGCCUACAUCGAACAAAACACAAGAAGCUGCACCGACACCACCAUCCGGUCCUGCGCGGUUCAGAUAUGUGGAGCAACCAGCGGCGCCGAAGGAGACGAUUUUCAUCUCCAACUUAUACUUUGAUGUCACCGCGGACGAUUUACGGAAGAAGAUGGAAGACUUUGGGGUUGUUGAGAAUGUGACGAUUGUUCAUGAUGCGCGGGGGAUUAGCAGAGGGUUCGGAUACGUUACCUACGACACGACCGAGUCUGCCAGCAGUGCAAUCGAGAACAUGGACGGCAUUUACUAUGAAGGUCGUCAGGUCUUUGCCCAAUACGCGCGCGUCAACACCGGCGACUACAAGCUCCGAAAACCCAAGAACCCGCCUUCCAGAACGAUUUUCGUAAGCAGAAUUCCGCCUGAGAUGACCGUUCAAGAGCUACAUGAACUUUUCGACGACAUUCACAACGUUAUUGAUAUCCGGGUGUCCGUUGACCGGCGCACGGGGUACCUUCGGGGCUUUGCGCACGCUGAGUUCCUUGACCUCCAGAGCGCCAAGGAAGCGUUUGAAGUUCUUGGCAAAAAGAGGCCGCAUAACAAGCCGCUUAAACUUGAUUACAGUCACACGAACAGGAAGAUGCCGGGGCCUAAUAUUGGUGCUGGAUUUGCGGGCUACGAGCCACCUGUUUACAGUGGUCCCUCUUCAUCGUAGUCUUAAUUGGGAGCUUUGUGAUGUCUUUUCUAUAUGUACUAUAUACGUUGCAAGCGGUUUUGUAUUUCUAUUUCAUGUUUGAUAGAUGACGGACGCAAUGACACCUUUCCUCUUUGGGAAUAACGUAAUCGACCAC